UAAAAGUAUGACUUUAUCAAUCUCUUUCCUAUCUACUUCUUGACCAAGACAUUUCUAUAUUGCACAAACUUCAUACACUCCAAACUAUUUUCCACUGUCAACUGCACAAAUUGAGCCUCUUCCCAACUGCAGAAAUUUUCCAUGGCUACAUCUAUUGUAACUUUUAGUUUGACCACCCCUCAUAUCAAGCCUUGUCAAAGAUCUCAAACCACCCUCUUCUUCAAUCCCAUAUCUCAUACUGCAAUCUCAAAACGUAAGGAUCGAUUCCCUUUUUCGGGUAAUGGAAGCUUGCGAUAUCUCAGCACCGGCCAGGAAGAACAGACUAACAGCAGAUCGAAGAUGAACUCGGUGGUCUACUGCAGUCCUCUACCGGGAGCUCCUUUUAAUUUUCCUUUCAGCUGGCCGCCUGAAAAUUCUUGGAUAGGUUGGGUCUUCGGUGCGGUGGUAGCUAUACCCUUGGCCGGCCAAUGGCUCCUGACACUAACAAAGGAGGUUGAAGUGGCAGCGGAGACGGUGGAAAAAGUGGCGGAGGCGGUGGAGGAUGUGGCGGAGAAAGUGGACAAGAUGGCAGAAGAUAUGAUUGAGAAACUCCCUGACGGUGGACUCAAAAAUGCAGUCACUUUUGUUGAAAACUUGGCCGAAGAAACUAUUAAGAAAGCUGAUCAAGUGGAAGAAUUAAUGGACAAGGUGGAAGAAAUGGACAAGAAGGUGGAGUCACUCAUCACUGACAAAUUCAAUGUGGCUGCCAAAGCAGCGAAGGAUCAAGAAUAGACGGGCAACACCAUUAAUGAUUAUGAUUGGUCACUGUUCAACUUACCUGUAAUUUCUGACACGAGGUAUGCUGAAUUUAUUAUUAUGAUCUCAUAAAACGAGGUAUGCUGAAUUUAUAUACGCAUUUAUUGCACGUGUUCCUUCCUUGUCUACUGGUCCCUCUUCCUGGCUGCUUUUAAAUUUUCAUUCCAAUAAUAUUAUGCUUAUCAAACGUUUUAGAGAAAAUUACACUUAAAAUUGUAAUAUUUUGUUCGCACGUAACACUUAAACCCUUAUUAUCAAUAUCUGUUAGUAAAUAACACCUAAAUCCCUUGAAAUUUGUAAGUAUAUAAUACUUCGACUCCUCAAGUUUAAAAUGUUAUACUUAAAUCA